AUGUCGACCUUUUCCGCUUAUCGCGAGCGCAUGAAAUCCUUUCAGCAUCUCUUCGACUCGCUCAGGCUAGGAAGCCCCGGAAAUAUCCCUACCAAGCUUCGCGAAGAUGUCGGUCGAUUCAGGGUGUGGGCGGAGAAUUGUGGAGCGCAUCGACAGAGCAAUAACCAGAUGUCACUCGAUCGUCGCCUACGGGGAGCUUCGAAGGUGAAGGAUAUGGUCGUGAAGCUGUUGGGUAGUCUGAAUGACGUUCUAAAAGACGCGCUUUCGGCCGGAUCCGCCAAAACGUUGGCAGAUGGGCUUCCGGUGACUGGCGGAAUGUCGGAAACGCAAGACCCAGAAGACAGCGACUCCGAUUCGGACCCGGAUACAAGCGACGAAUUCGAAGAGUGUCUACUUGACGUUUCCAAUAUCAUCACCUGUCUCUAUAACACCUCAAUCGCGGUCGCAAAUCCGGCACCACGAGACCGGUUGGAAAAGUGCUCCUUCAUCGACGUCUCGCAUUAUCACGGCCCGAUGUCGACCAUGUCGAUAAUAAGUUUCCAGAUGCUGAAGACUUUCUGGUGGAACAUUGUCGGACGCCCCCGGCUGGAGCUGGCCGUGACAACACUCGACGAUUCUGGCGUCCUUGAAAAUUUAACCGUCGCCUACGCAACUACGCAAGCGGUGACUACUGUCUCGACGUUUCUGAAGGGUGGACAAGCGGCGGCGGCUAGUGGUGGUGACCCUGCAGAAACGGGCAUAGCGGUGGACGGAGAAAGUAUAUUCCCUAUCGACCCAGAUCAUGGUUGGACCGUAGAGGACGACACUCGGUCCGUGACAUCGUAUGCGUCCUCUAUGGGAGACCCCAACAGGCUUCGCGUGCCACCACCGCCUGACCAAGAAUCCUCGUUGGAGGGAACACCUUUCGAGUGCCCAUAUUGUUUUUCGUUGGUGAAGAUUCAGGGUUGGCAGUCAUGGAAACGGCAUGUCUUCAAAGAUCUCCGGCCGUCCGAAAUAGCAACAGAGUCGAAGCAGAGUUGCCCUCUGUGUGGAAAGAAUAAUCUUACUCCUCGUAUUCUUCAGCGCCAUAUCGGACAGCACAUGCAACAGAUCGCGCUAUUUGUGGUGCCUAAUUCGAUAGAGGAGGAUGAGGAGGGGAAGAUGAUGAGGAUGGAGAUGAAGGAUCUAUAG